AACACCAGAUGAACUAAACCCAGCGCCACCCAGAUACUCCGUUGCCACAAUGAACCAAGCUUUCCUAACCAUUCUCUCCACACUCGGUGGCUUGAUCAACUUGGCAGUGGCUGAAGGCGGGUUUUGCUCUGCAUCUUCUUCCAUCAUCGACUCGGGUUCGGGGACCAAUCAGCUGUAUUGGAAGGCCACCAAUCCCACACUUUCUCCUUCUCAUCUUCAAGACCUGCCAGGAUUCACACGAAGUGUGUUCAAAAGAGACCAUGCUUUAAUUACACCAGAAAGUCAUGUCUUUAGCCCUUUACCUGAGUGGACCCUCACGUCAGGAGCAUAUUUGAUUACACCUGCAAUGGGCUCACACUUUGUAAUGUACCUAGCAAGGAUGCAAGAGAACUCGCUGUCUGGACUUCCACCAUAUGAUGCAGAAAGGUUUAUAUUUGUGGUUCAUGGUGAUGUGACUUUAACUAAUGUUUCUGGUACUAGCCACAAAUUAAUGGUGGAUUCAUAUGCUUAUCUACCUCCUAAUUCUCACCAUUCCAUUAGGUGCAAUGCAUCUGCUACCCUUGUGGUGUUUGAAAGAAGGCAUUCCUAUCUGGAUAAUCUACCUACUGAGCAGAUUGUAGGUUCAACAGACCAGCAGCCACUCCUGGAAACUCCAGGCGAGGUCUUUCAACUGAGGAAGCUUAUUCCAACUUUUUUAUCGUAUGACUUCAAUAUCCAUAUUAUGGAUUUCCAGCCUGGGGAAUAUCUUAAUGUGAAGGAGGUGCAUUACAAUCAACAUGGUUUAUUGCUUCUGGAAGGACAGGGUAUUUAUCGGUUAGGUGAUAGCUGGUACCCUGUUCAGGCAGGAGACGUGAUUUGGAUGGCGCCAUUUGUGCCACAAUGGUAUGCUGCAUUGGGUAAAACUCGGUCACGGUAUUUGCUGUACAAAGAUGUAAAUAGGAAUCCAUUGUAGUCACAUGAAUCAUGAGGAAUAGAGGAUGCUAUCAGUUCUAUGUUUCUGGAGACAGAUUGAUGUAUCAUACACCAAAUUGCUACCUUCCAUGACUUGUGACGUGUGAACAAUGAACAACAAAACCAUUAAUCAUGAGUAAUUUCAUUCUAGACUUUGUCG